AUGGAUGAGGGAAGUGCUUCACGCAUCCCAGGGCUUAACCUGGCUGGCAACCCCCCUUCAGAAGAUGCGCCAGCUUUGGCGAGUGGCUCACCCCUGGCCCGUCGAUCAGACAGGAUCCGGGACCUCUUGGAAAUAAUUCUCUUGACUUUCCGCUUCGAAUUUGAGCGCCUCCCGCCUGAAGCCCAACAAUCAUACACUCGCUUUCAAGAAAACAAGAACUAUAAUGAGUUCGCAGCUACACUGAAGCGCUUGGUAUUGGGUAGACGUCUGGAUGACUUCAUGGGGGGAUCGGCUAAUUGCCUGAUUGCUGCCACAAAGUUAUUUGACAGUAGAUAUCCCCAUCUAGGCCUCAAAAAACUCCAGAGCGGUAGAAAGAGAGCUGGAUCGGGGGUCGGGUCACGCCGCCGGUCGCCAAAGUCACCACGCCAAGCACAGAAGAAAGCCUUGCGUGAGACUCGAAACGAGCAAGCCGGGGAAUCUUCACGGCGAACGUCUCGAGCAAACUUGGCUAGUACACUUACCUUGCCUGCGCGAAUUCGUACUAGAGCACGCCCCGAAGGCCGUUUGUUGCAUUGGACUCGAGUCGAAGCAAGUCCCUCUCAGGCUGGUCCAGAAACCGCCGGCCCUUCGAGUGAUAUUCCAUCUAUCCACAUUGACCCUGCUGAGCCCGCGGAUAACCUGGAAGGCCAGUCUGCCCCUACCAAGAAGCCUUUAAUUCCCGGUUUCGUGAUUAGUACUCGAACGGGCCCUGUAGACCAAGGCAGCAACAAACCAGCAGUUGAGCGGUCCGGACGUGAAAAGCUUCGCCAAGAACAGAAUAUAGCUUGGCUGAAAGACUAUGUUGAAGCGCUUGGUGGUCCAAAGUACGACUUUAAUCUCUACCCCUAUAAGGGAUGGAAGAUUGAGCCGCCAGAGAUCCUACUCCAUCGUGCGAGAAACUUCCUUGCCGAUGAAGAUAUCGAUCGGACUCUGAACUGGGGUCAAAAGAUUGCAGAGCUGACUGAGUACUUCUCAUACCUUCUUCACAAUUGGCAGGGUGAAGAUUGGGGUGCAGAACUCCAUGAAGUUAUUGACAUGCUUCGUACACACUGGAUUUUUGAGCAGUAUCACUAUGGCAAGCCCAGGCUGAAUCUCAAAUUUGAUAACGUGUGGCCAAAUUAUAGUAAGAGGCUGCCACCCAUUCCUGGCGUCGAGACCACUGUCGAGAGGCCUCGAAGUGAAAUGGGCGAGCGAAGGUUGCUCCUCAACAAGAUUCGACCAGCUAUUGAUGUUCACUACAAGUUGCCUGGUGAUGUUCUCGAAAAGUACAUCGAUCUUUAUGCAUUCGAGGCCCCCUACUUCUGGGGAUCUGCACCUCGUUCCCAAUCUUCCCUUCAUGAGCUGGUCAAGAUUGAGAACAACGCUUUUGAGAAGUGCGUCUUUUCGGGCAUGCCAACCACCGACAAACUGAUUAGAGCAUCUGAAGCCAAGUUCAAGUCGGAAUCUGACCGAAAAAGCUUCAGCCCAAGUGCUCUUCAGGCGUUUGCCACACUUCGUGGAAGUCAACGAGCAGCCCUCCAACAGACCUUGAACCAUCUGGACAAUUCUGAGAAUCUUGUAGUCUGCAACAUUUUCCGCACACUCAUUCUGCCGCCACCCAGAAUUCCAGAGAAGCCAGACGCAGGUAUCCUUUUUCCUACUAUGCAGGUAGCAGACGUUCCCGAAAAGGAGUCUCGCGAUCCUUUCAGCUACACUGUGGCGCAUAGAUGGUACCUCGAAGCAGAGCGAUUCUGGAAGAACUGGUCGUAUGAGCACGCCGUCAAAGAAUGCUAUGGUCACAAGCGGUGGGAGGAACGCGAAGAACCCAUCAUGGAUUUGCCCAAGAACUGGAUGGGUCCUUUUGUUUACGAUUUUUUGGAUCACGACAUGAAGAAGACUCUGGAGUUGCUGAGGAGAUGCGAAACCCUGCUAAGGCGGAUAUUCUUAGAAAACGAACGAGUACCGCGACCCUUCCUGGCCGACAUGACGCAACUGAUGCUUGAGGGGCUCUCGGGCAGGCCUUGGGAUGAAACGGGGCUGGACUUCAAAGGGGAAGACUUCGCCUCUGGCUCACAGGAUUUGGCUCAUAUCCGUCCCUUGGAGGAAGACUUUUUGCGAUUAUUGGGCAUGAAAUCCAUCCAUUCCAACACUGUCGACCCAAAGAUCAACCAUGAUGGCAUCAGUCCUCUCUCUGCCAUAUUCGAACAAAGAGUUAAGGACAUCAUGUAUCCGAGCGGCUCAGCUAAUGCCGGCUCUUACGACUUUGCUAAUUUCAUGGUGUCACUCAAUGAAGUAUGUGAUGGGCCAGUGAAGCGCUGGAGAUUCUCCAAUGAGGAGGCCUUGGAAGAACUGGAACUUCUUGACAAAAGGGGAGUGAUUAAAUUGAACGAGGACAACAGUGUAUCAUGUUCUGUACCCAACCUUCAUCCUGAGCAACGCGUUCGGUGGCUCGACACUGACGAUGACCUGGACGCAUACAUGCAAGCUGUACAAGCGACUAGGGGUGGUCAACCCGACAAUGACGAUGACGACAGCGAUGACAGCGACGACGAAGAUGAAAUUAUGACCAUCUCAACAGACGUCAGCGUCACAGAGACGGAGGAUCUUGGUAACUACAUGUUUGGUCUUCCCAAAAUUGAAAACCUCCGCAGUUGGGUAGGGCUUGGUACUGUGAGUGGCAGAGAGGCUAGCGAGAAAGAUAUGUCUAGAAACCACGGGUUCUUCCAACGCCUCUGCUUCCGACUUGGAAGGACGAUAAGGGAGCUUCAAGAGAGGAUGGAAAGGUACAGGAGGCAGCUUACACCCGAACAGCAAGGCCGUAACCGCGAUUUUCUCGACACAAUGGUGUCACAAUGGGAAUCAGAUACUAGAACACGACCAGAGUUGCCUCAGUAUAACCCCAACGUACCAUUGGACAAUUAUGCCAGGCCAGACUACGCGGAAAUCAUGUGUGUAUCUCAGCCCGCAGAUGAGUUUGGCGACAUUGGAUACCCCGAAAUCACUUACGGAUGUCAGAACCGGUCGUACAGGUUUACUGUUGAUGUUGUUCGAAAGGCAAUUCUUCGCGAGGCUUAUGAGAACAAGAGUAUGCUAUUCCCAAACCGCAUUGAUCGCAGUGUGGAUGAAAAGGGACUGAGGCUUCGAUCCCCUCGUCGACGUGAGCCAGUUUGGUCCUUUGCUCAUCCUGAUCGCAGAGGCAAAGCACCACGGUUUUGGGAUAUCAAUCGUUGGCCGCUUCAUCUGCAAAGCGAAUCGACAGCCGAGAGCAUCAGAUCCGGAGCAUUCUAUAGGCCUGCUCCUUCGCCUCUGGCACCGGAACCAACCAAGGCGCCACGGAUCCCAGUACGAGUUGCUACGAUUCCAGUAUCACCUAUUUCAUCCGUAUUGCCUACAGUUCAACGAAAAGUGCAUCGCGAAGUCCAGCCUGAAGCCACGACUAUGGCUCCUGACAUGACUGAAAGCAUGGACACAUCCGAAAGUCAAGUCCACCAUUUCCUUGGUCUUGGUGAGGAGUUCACUGUCACGUUCCAGGAUCUAGCGGAUUCUCGUCGAACUUUCACAACCGGGUCUUCUCAGUAUCUCCUUGGAGACACGCCUCUGCAGAAGAAGUAUAUCGAGGAUCUCAUCAAGAGUGGUAUAGAGACAGAAGAACCACGGACUUGGACUCAGCGCCUAAGUGCUCUAUUUGGUCGUAAGAACGUCCCAGUGGAUCCCAGUGCGCUGCCCAGGGUCAAUCCUCGUGAUAUUCCCCAAAGCAAGCCUCGAAGCGAGCCCGCUGAAGGGGAGGGUUCUUCUGUCGGAAGCACAGAUGUUGAAAUGGACGAAGCUGCGAUGCAACUUUGGGAAGAAACUCAGGCAGGCCCAUCCUCAGAACGGCGCUCGUCUCGUGCCCAAGCACCUUCACCAAUUGUCCCAACGUUCCUGACUGAGCCUGAUUCUUCCUCCGUCUCCCCUCCAGAACCUGGGACUACUCAGGCAGAAUCGAGCAGCGCUGGUACGUGGGGACAAGGCUUGUCCGGGGCUUUGCCUAAGCGGCUGAGACUCAGACAAGUGACAACUGAAAUACAGUCUCACCCGGUUGAGUUGGAGGUUAUCGAGCCAGAGUCCGAAUUGCCAGAGCAACAAGAGGACCAGGAGUCAGAUCAAGAUAGUUUGUUUGAUUUGUAG